GACUCCAAAAGACCCCUGGAAUUCUCCAAAUGUCUCCUCAUGUUCCCCUCACGAGCCCCUCGGAACCCCCCUUGGCGACGGCUUCGGGCCAUGAUCGAAUUUGGAAAUGCGGAAGAGCCCUCCGGAGGACAACAUUGCACUUUGCCAGAGAUCAAGACAGAACGCGGUAAAGAAAAUGCCCACAAAGCCGACCAUGGACCGUCCUCAUUCUCUGUCUCCUCUACUGUCACUUCCAAUCCUCUCUCUUCCUUCCUGUCUGAGUCUUGACCACUGGUGAGCUCUGAUCAACAGCAUCAUCACCAACACCAAACCACACACACCAAAACACCCUAUACAAAUCCACAAAAAUGAAGACCACCUCCCUCCUCAGCGCGGCAACCUACGCCUACCUCGCCACCGUCGCCUCAGCCGUCGGCCCCGUCGUCCCCGAAAACGCCGAACGUCUCCCCGGCAAGCCAGACCUCAUACCCAACUGGCCGUGGCGCAACCCCUUCGCAGACCCCAACAACACGCGCAUAACCAUCUCCUCGGAAUCUGAAGCCUCGUCCCCCACCCGCUUCGUCCCCACCUGCUCUUCUCAGCGCACCUUCCGCGCAACCGAGUACCUCCUCGACGACCUGCAGGAGCUUCCUCCUCAGGGCUUAAUCCCCUGGGUCGAAGCUUUGCGCAAGGUCUUUACGAACCGGCAGUACCCCGGUUCUUGGGACGGCGUGGAUCCGCAUGGGUAUGAUAGGAAUAUGUUGAUGAUGGAGUAUGUGGAUGUGCCGUUGAAGGUGAGGAGGUGGAUUGAGGAGGAGGAGUGGUCUGAGACAGGAAAGGGGAAGGGGUUGUUUGCGGUGUUGGCGAAGGCGGAUGUGGAGAAGGGGGAGAAGAUUGUGGAGACGGCGACGAGUUUGAGGGAGAAGAAGAAACCGGAGAAUGAAGAGGAAGAGGAGGAGGAGUGGAGGAGGGGGGAUGGAAGCAGGGUGGUUAUCUUUGCUCCCGGAGCGGUUUAUGAGAAUGCGCCGCUUUGGGUGGCGGAGGGGAGUGAGUGUGAGGAAACUCUCUCCGACAUCACAAAGUACACCGCCAAACCAACCGACGGCGCCGUCGUCGCUUACCCCGUCGACAAGACCCGCGCCGACAGGGCCGAGGGCAAGAGGGAGAUGGAGUUCACUAUCAAGGCCCAGGUGCUCAAGGUCGAUGACUCUGUUCCCGAGGACGAGGUCGAGCAGCAGCAGAAGGGCGAGAAGGCUGCUCAGUUCAAGACUCAGGUUGAGAAGGUGGAGGAGUUCAAGACUCAGGUGGAGGAGGUCGUGGAUAAGGUUAAGACUGCGGUUAAGGAUGAGUUGUAAAUGGGAUUAUCGGGUGUUUCUGGUGGCAAAGUGGCAGAAGUGGGUAGAGAGCGUGGAUAGGAUGGGAUGGGAUGGGAGGAUGAGGUUAAGCUGGACAAUGCAUGAUUUGUACUAUAUCUCCUUUGUUGUUUCUUCUUGAAAAGUACAUACCAUUUCUUAUGAUCUUUCAA